GUGGGGUUUAGCAAUCAACUUCCGGCAGUCUCUCAUAGGGUAAUCCAAAUUUGCUUGUGCGGGGUUCCACCCAACGGAUGUUUGGAUACUUCCAGUGAUGGGUUGUACCGCAUAUCGACUACAUGAAGGGUGAGGCUCUGGCAAUGAUGCUUCAGUAAGACAACAGAGCGCCCCUAGAAAAUGGGGAACUCUUGCACUUUGACACGAUACGAAGACAGACCUCCAAUCUACAGUAUUUCGCUUCGUCAAAUACUAUUAUAGCUUGAUUGUGCCUGUGCAUCUCCUGCCGAGUAGACAUUGCCUACAGAGAUAAGGAGGAAUGUCGUAUUAUUCUGAAAGCAUACUUCCUCUUAAUCAGGGAUCACCCGUUCCUUCAAGUCCUUCUGUUUCGGGCUCUGCUGUCACAGCAGUUGAAUCUAUUGCGCAAUCUACAUCAUCUCGGUGCCAGAAAUCAUCUCACUGCAGUCAGAUCUUCGAACGCGAUGCCGAUGACAAUCCAGUGAAUGACCUCACCAACCCCUGUCACGGUUGGCCUCAACUUGUGAAGUUGAUGGUCGAAAGUCCUGGCUUGGAAUCAUUUCAGACCUUCAGAGAUCUCAACAUCAAAAGCUUGCUUUACUAUCAAGCCGAGCUCGUAACUUUGAAGAAACAGCUGCACGUCCUCGAGUGGGAUGACCACAAAACGGGGACUUUCCGAAAUGCAGGGGAACUGUGCGCGAAUGUACGAUUUCUUCUACAGUCCGAGUACUCAACAGAUCCAGAAGCAUCAAGGCAGAUCAAAAAGAUGAAAGAAAUUCGUCGAGUCCUGAAGGAAUACAAUGAAGCAUUGUUGCAGUAUGCGAAGCUCAAUCAGCUUCCAGCAGCCGACGAGUUCAACGUCAACGGUCUCCGCACAUGGAUGGGUGAACAUGGCUUAGGAGACUACACUGUGCAAGGCCCAGGCCAUGAAAGUUGGGGAGAUCCAAGUGCAGCCGAUCCUCUCAAGAAGAAAUUCUGGGCACAUCUCGUACAAUUGUUACGAAGCAUAACCAUCUUCUGGGCAGAAAGACCUGAGGAGAAGCUAAUGAAACUGCAUCCGGAACUCAUAGUUCCUCGGCAGAAGAAAGAGAUCGAUGGUUUCACCCAAUGGAUCGCGAACGACUGGAUUCCCUUCUGGCACAGUCUCAAGAGCAAAUUCGCAGCACCACAAGUACUUCCAACGGAGAAGGAUAGAAGCUAUUCCCCAAGUACGUCUACCACAACGACUCUUGUACAGAGAAUGUCAGCAAAGAUUCGAUUGUGGUUUCCGUCAGAAGAUUCAAGUCUGGAACCCAAAGAUGCAUCCGAAAGCAAGCCAACGCUUCAAGUUUACCAGAUGAGUCGUAUGAGACGCUUCACCACCUUCUUCUCAACUGUUGUGGCUUGUCUCUUACCGACUGUCGCUAUCGCUGUCCUCUCUACUAUCCACAGCCAAGCUAAACUUAUCGGGUACAUCGCACUGUUUACUGCGAUAUUUGCCAUGGGAUUGAUGGGUCUCACCGGCUCUGGGACACCGAGAACAGAGAUCUUCACUGCGACUGCUGCGUUCUCGGCAGUUUUGGUUGUUUUCGUACAAAAUCAGCAAAGUGUCCCUGGCGAAAUGCAGCAGCCGGCGCAGCUGGGAGGUUGAUAAAGCUGGUUGCUUGCGGAUGAUGUUCGUUGCAGAAGUUUCCUUUGAGGGCUAGGGAAAUUUGGUCGUCUCCGUAUCUUAGGUUACUUUGCUUGGGAAAUACUAUGUUCAA